AUGGAGAAAAGCAAACGCAAAGAAAAAGCAAUUGAGUCUGAUGCUGCGGACUUAUCCACCGGUAAUAUCGUGAGAGGCACAAAAAGGUCACGCAAUGGGAAUACAAAAUCAUCGAAGCAAGUAGGACUGAAGUCUAUCAUAAAUGAGUUUGCAUUAUCGACCAACUUGGCAGUAACUCCGGAAACUUCUAGAGAGCGUGACAACAAAAAUUUUAAUAAUACAUCUCAAUUAGGACAUAGUAGCACUGGAAUCUCCGAAUCAGAUGGUGUAUAUAUUCCGACUCCGGCUGCGCGUCAGUUUUCGACUAAAACAGGUCGGAAGAUAAAUGAUAACCGAACAGUAAAAUCUAUCAAAUAUGAACCUCAUGUUCAGAAAAAAAGUAAGGAUAAUAGAUCUAUGACAGAAAUACUUCGUGAAAACCUGCCUGUCUGGCUCUAUCAAGAUCAAAUAAGAUUUUCUCUUCAGAAAACUAAUGUUCUUCUUUUAAAGGGUGAUACAGGCUCAGGUAAAAGUACUCAAAUUCCUCAAUUUCUUUACACUGAGUCGUGGUGUAAGCGCUGCAAAACAAAAGUUCAAAACGAGCGGGGUGAAUAUCAUGAUACAUUUGUGGGAGGAGUUAUCGCCAUAACACAACCACGGCGAGUGGCAGCUAUAACAUUGGCUCAACGCGUUUCUCAGGAAAUUGGUACACCACUGAAAAGAGGAGAUCGUCACUUCAAUGGAAUAGUUGGAUAUUCAGUUAGAUUUGAAAAAAUGCUUCCAGCAGGGAUGAAAAUUAAAUUUGUGACCGAGGGCACACUUCUACAGGAAAUUCUGCAAGAUCCAAAUCUAAAACAGUAUAGUGCCGUUAUUGUUGAUGAAUUUCACGAAAGGAGUGUUGACGUGGACUUAGUUGUCGGAUUUUUGAGAGGUAUGUUACAUAGCGAUAACAAAGGCCGCGGUGGAAUUCCGCUCAAAGUUGUAGUUAUGAGUGCAACUCUUGACUUAAAAAGCAUCGAAGCAUUUUUAGCUUUCCCUAGCGGUCAGGAUACUCAUAACGCUGUCUUAAAUAUUAGUGAUGUCGGCACCGCUCGAUCCAAAUCUUUAAUGGUCGGGAAUUCUGACCGUCACGAACUACAACAAAAUUCCGCUCGGCACAUUAUUUCUUGUCUUUCUAGCAUUAACCCAGCAUCAUCACAAACUUCUAAUCCACCAGAUUCUAAAUCAAAUCCGGAAAAAAAUAGGAUUCAAGACAACGAUAACUCGAAGGAAAAUUUUCACGAGGAACCCCAAAUCUUUCAAUCAACUGAUAGACCUCUCUUAUCUAUAAAAGAAAAAUCCACCUCAGACGAGAUUUCUAUAAUGUAUGUUGAAGGUCGACAGUAUGAGGUAGAAAUUAUUUAUGAGCUAAAACCUUGUCAAGACUAUAUUUAUAGUAUGCUUCAAAUCAUUUUGCAGCUUCAUGUAAAAGAGCCUUUGCCUGGAGAUAUCUUGGCAUUUCUGACUGGUCAGGAAGAAAUUGAAGUGCUGCAGGUUGAGUUGGAAAGCUAUUCGACUCAAUUAGCAAAUAAUCUCCCUAAAAUGAAAGUCGUACCUCUCUAUGGAGCUUUAUCAGCACAGGGACAGCAAGAAGCUUUUGAAAAACUAAAAGAGAAAUUUACCCGAAAAAUAGUCCUAGCGACUAACAUAGCUGAGACAUCUGUGACUGUAUCAGGUGUUCGGUAUGUCGUUGACUGUGGAAAAUCAAAAGUUAAGCAAUAUCGACCACGUUUAGGUCUUGAAUCCCUCCUUGCUAAGCCUAUCUCCAAAGUAUCAGCUAUUCAGAGAGCUGGUCGGGCAGGUCGGGAAGCUAAAGGUAAAUGCUACAGACUUUACACCGAAGCAGAUUAUAACAAACUCGAUGAAAAUGAGACGCCUGAAAUUGUUCGAAGUGAUAUUGUUGAGGCUGUGUUGAAGAUGAAAGCAAGGGGCAUUAAGGAUGUGUUAGCUUUCCCACUGAUGGAUACUCCAAAUUUUAUGGCUAUGGAAAAGGCUCUUCUACGUCUACACCUCAUGGGUAUCUUGGAUAAUAAUGAAAAUCUGACUAAAAAUGGAAAGAAGGUUGCACGAUUUCCCUUGCCAGCAACGUACGGCCGCGUUCUUACAGCAGCCGCAGAAGUUGAGCCGAAUAUGGUACUGGAAGUCAUUGAUGUUAUUUCCUGUCUCACAACUGACUCAAAUAUCUUCUUGCAGCCGAAAUCUGAAGAAGACCGGGAAACUAUGCUGAAUUUCCGCAGAGAUAUUCAUCAGCGGGAAGGAGAUCUCAUCACUCUCCUCUCCACUAUGCAACAUUACGCGAGUGAAGGCACUGAUCGAAGUAGUUGGUGUAAGGAACGCAUGAUCUCCACUCGUGCUAUGAGUAUGGCUAUGCAGAUUCGCAAACAACUUCGACACAUUUGUCAUGCAGAGAAGCUUUUACUGAAACUACCACCGCCUGACCCGCAACCCCUUACGCCUCUCACCCCCGAUGAUACGUGCCGCUUGCUCAAGAUAAUGCUAUCAGCUUUCUCCAUGAAUACGGCUAUACUUGCACCCGAUAAUAGCUAUCGGACUACACAAGGAAAAAACAUCAUUAUGAUUCAUCCCUCAAGCGUACUUUAUGGCCGCAAGUUGGAAGCAAUUAUGUUCAUGGAACAUGUUUUUACAGCUAAAAAUUAUGCCAAAUGCGUUAGUGCUAUUGAAGUGCCCUGGAUUAUGGAGGCUCUUGCAAUGUAA